AGUUACCUGCAUGUUUUUCUGAUUGUGCUCCAGAAAUGUGUAUGACUUUCAUAAGUUUUUCCUAGUUUUCCUUCUUUUCUUGUGUGAUUGUUUCCAGGACACAAGUCACCAUGAAAACAAGGUUCACCACUGUGGAUAUCAGGGCAGUUAUUGCCGAGAUCAAUGCCAACUACAUUGGCAUGAGAGUAAAUAACGUGUAUGACAUCGACAACAAGACGUAUCUCAUCCGUCUGCAGAAGCCUGACAGCAAAGCUGUACUCUUGAUCGAAUCUGGGACUCGGAUUCACUCCACAGACUUUGAAUGGCCCAAGAAUAUGAUGCCUUCAGGCUUUGCCAUGAAAUGUCGGAAGCACCUGAAGACACGCAGACUGGCCCAUGUUAAGCAGCUGGGAAUUGACAGGAUCGUCGAUAUCCAGUUUGGCUCAGACGAGGCUGCCUACCACCUGAUUAUCGAACUGUACGACAGGGGUAACGUCAUCCUCGCGGACCAUGAGUACACAAUCCUGAAUCUGCUGAGGUUCCGUGCAGCAGAUGCCGAAGAUGUGAAGAUUGCCGUGAGAGAGCGGUACCCCAUAGAGAACGCCAGACCUCCUGAGCCUCUCAUCAGUUUGGAGCGACUGACUGAAAUCCUCAGCAAAGCAUCAAAUGGAGAGCAAGUGAAAAGGGUUUUGAACCCUCACCUCCCCUAUGGAGCCACUUUGAUUGAGCACAGUUUGAUCGAAGCAGGACUUUCAGGCUCUGUCAAAGUCGACAGUGAAGCUGAUGUGGCUCAAGUUGCACCUAAAAUCUUGGAGGCCAUGAAGAUUGCGGAAACAUACCUGCAAGAAACUGAGAACUUCAGUGGCAAAGGCUACAUCAUUCAGAAAAGUGAGAAGAAACCAAGCCUCACUCCUGGAAAACCCUGUGAAGAGCUGCUGACAUAUGAUGAGUUCCACCCCUUCCUGUUUGCCCAGCAUGCAAAGAGCUCAUAUUUGGAGUUUGACACAUUCGACAAGGCAGUCGAUGAAUUCUUCUCUAAAAUGGAGAGUCAAAAAAUCGACAUGAAGGCCUUGCAGCAGGAAAAACAGGCUCUGAAGAAGCUGGAGAAUGUCAAGAAAGAUCACGAGCACAGACUGGAGGCCUUGCACCACGCACAGGAAAUCGACAGGUUCAAAGGUGAGCUGGUGGAGAUGAACCUGCCGGUGGUGGAGAGGGCGCUGCAGGUGGUGUGCAGCGCGCUGGCCAACCAGGUGGACUGGACUGAGAUCGGGAUCAUUGUGAAAGAGGCGCAGGCCGCCGGGGACCCCGUGGCCUGCGCCAUCAAGGAGCUGAAGCUGCAGACCAACCAUAUCACCAUGCUGCUGAAGAAUCCUUAUAUCUCCGAGGAGGACCCGGAGGAGGAGGAGAAAAGUGAUGUGGUUCAGGAAAAGGGGAAGAAAAACAAAAAUAAAGACAAGGGACAGAACAAGAAGCCCUCCAAAAACAAGCCCCAGCUGGUGGAUUUGGAUCUUGGCCUUUCAGCUUACGCUAAUGCAAAAAAGUACUACGACUCAAAACGCACUGCUGAGAAGAAGGAACAAAAAACCAUUGAAGCUGCAGAUAAGGCCAUGAAAUCUGCAGAGAAAAAGACACAGCAGACACUUAAGGAAGUCCAGACAGUCACCACCAUUCAGAAGGCCAGGAAGGUCUACUGGUUUGAGAAGUUCUUGUGGUUCAUCAGCUCUGAGAACUAUCUGGUCAUCGCAGGAAGAGACCAGCAGCAGAAUGAGAUGAUCGUGAAGCGUUACCUCCGGGCCGGCGACAUCUACGUUCACGCCGACCUCCACGGGGCAACCAGCUGCGUCAUCAAGAAUCCCUCAGGGGAUCCCAUCCCUCCUCGGACCCUCACUGAAGCCGGCACCAUGGCUAUUUGCUACAGCGCGGCGUGGGACGCCAAGAUCGUCACCAGUGCCUGGUGGGUCCAUCAUCACCAGGUUUCCAAGACGGCUCCCACUGGAGAAUACCUGACCACUGGAAGUUUCAUGAUCAGAGGAAAGAAAAAUUUCCUGCCUCCUUCUUACCUGAUUAUGGGCUUUGGAUUCCUCUUCAAAGUGGACGAGCAGAGCGUGUCGCGGCAUCGAGGAGAGCGCAAAGUGAAAACUGUGGAGGAAGACCUGGAGGAGGUGACGUCCAGGACCGCUGAGCUCCUGGAGGAUGGAGAUGAACUCAUAGAGGACGACAGCAGCAAUGACGAUCCAGGAGAAGAAAGAGGAGACGAUGGAAACCCCAAAGAGGUGAAAAAUAAGACCAAGAAGGAGAACGACAAAGGGAGAGGCGGAGCCAGUGGAGAGACGGACGGCGCUCUGGAGACGCCUGCAGCAGACGGAGGGAGGUUGUCAGAGCAGAGCGCCGCGGAGGCCGAGGAUGAGAGACGCAAAGAGGAGCACAGCGAUGAGGAGCCAGAGGAGGAAGAAGUCAGCUUUCCAGAUACUACCAUUUCCCUCUCUCACUUACAACCCAGCAGGAGCACCGUCCCUGUUUUCAAAAAAGAAACAACCGCACAGGCCGAAGUGGAUUCACAAGGAAAAAAACACAUGACUGCCAAACAGAGGAGAGAGGAGAAGAAGAAGAAGCAGAAAACGGAAGGCGUGGACACUGAGGGGAAGAAUGAGAUUUCAUCUGGUGGAUCAGCAGCAGAUCAGGGGUCCAAAAGUGGAGGAGGGCCCUCCCAGCAGCCCCUGAAGAGGGGUCAAAAGAACAAGCUGAAGAAGAUCAAAGAGAAGUAUAAAGACCAGGAUGAAGAGGACAGAGAGCUGAUGAUGCAGCUGCUCGGGUCCGCCGGCUCUGCAAAGGACGAGAAGGAGAAGGGCAAGAAAGGAAAGAAGGGGAAGGGGAAAGACGAGCCCGUCAGGAAGCCGCCGCCUCAGAAACAACAGCAGAAAGCCCAGCCUGCGGAGGCCGCGGUGAAGACGGCGCAGCAGACAGGGGGGGAGGAGGCGGAGGAGGAGGAGGGCAGGCAGCCCAGAGAGGACGGGGCUCCUGCAGACCAGGACGACAAGGAAGACGAUGUCGAUCAGGACAACCCCGGAGCAGAGGAAGCAGAGAACCUGCUCACCUCUCUGACCGGCCAGCCUCACAUGGAGGACGUGCUGCUGUUCGCCGUGCCCGUCUGUGCUCCGUACACGGCGCUCUCCAACUACAAGCACAAAGUGAAGCUGACGCCUGGCUCUCAGAAAAAAGGAAAAGCUGCUCGCACCGCUGUGCUCAGCUUCAUGAAAGCCAAAGAGGCCUCAUCCAGAGAAAAAGACCUGUUCCGCAGCGUCAAGGACUCGGAUUUGUCCAGAAACAUGCCAGGAAAAGUGAAGGUUUCCGCUCCAAACCUCCUCGCUGCCAAGAAGAAAUGAGGGAAGACGAACUGACGAGAAGUGGUGGGGGUGAAAAAAAAAGUAACUUGCUCAUGGGCACAGAGCUGCGGUUUAAUUCUGUUCAGUGGCUGCAGAGUUCGAUAAAACAAAGACAUGCGGCUGCAGGGCCACCGAUCACCCUGCAGCUUUGUUUGAAUAUCGAUUCCUUUAUUUUUAAGAUUGUAUUUGUUGAUCGACGACCUGUAAAUGAACAAAGCUGGACGACAAAGAACGCAACACGGUCAUGUGUUUAUUCUUUAAAGUACAAACUGUACAUUGCAAUAAGAGUAUGCGUUGUGUCCUACGAUAAAAAAA